AGCGCUGCAGCUUCAUAACAGCCGGCGACGCUCUGAAGCGAGCAGUCACACCUUCGAGGUGUUUGUGUGGAGCACUUUGAGCUUUUCCACUUUCCACCAGCAGUUUGAGACAAAGAGCUGAAGCGGCCUCCAGUCAGCGCUCACCGCAGCACAAACGUGAACUUUAAUGGUAGCCGGCUGGUUAGUUUUAAAUCUCUUCCUCAGAGUCAUAGCUUGUGGCGGGAGCUUGAAGGCUUCUGGGAGGUGAUUGGGUGCAGCGAUGACGGCGAGGCAGUGACGAAGACGAAUCACCAGCUCAUCGUCGAGGAAGAAGCAGCAAAGUUGUCCUCAGAAAUGGCGUCUGUUCGGUUACAGUAGUCGACCCAUGUGGACCAGAUACUGAGGAGGAGACGCCGAAGCUUCACCAAUCCUCCAUCACCGAACCAACCGUCGGUCCGAUUGCCGUUUCUCCUCAGGUGUCGAUGAACCAUGGACGCCUCCUGGCUCUGUGCCCUCGUGUCUGUCGCCAUUUUCAUCGCCGUCGUCCUCCUCGCCGUCACCUGUCUGGACUGUAGGAACAAAAACCCGCUGGCCUCCAUCAGGGAGACCGCUUCAGAGGAGUACGUGUCACCCAGUUCAUUCAUAGUCAUCCAUCCAUAUGCAGCCCAGCCAGUUACUGACCUAACCUCCAUCCGCUUGCCCUCCAACCAUCUGUCACCAUCCCCAAAUCCAGCUCAGUGGCGACCUCGACCCCACCCCCCAUCAGAAAUCGAGAGCACUCCAAGUUAUGAGAAUCCAGGCAUUGAAUCUGAACCUUUGGAGAGCGACGCUGACGAUGCCGGAUCCGGAUACAUAAUUGUGUUGCCUGAAGGACAACCCUCGACGCCCAGUUCAGGUAGAGAUGUUCCACACGACUACGAGAACGUAUCACCACCUGGUAGUAGGGCAGAGUCGGAGAACGACGACUAUCAGAAUGUGACGCCGCUGCCCUGUAAAGAAUCAGACUUACACUGGCAUCUAGCUUCGAUUGGUCCAUCAGUGCCGAUGUCAGUGCCGAUGUCGCCUAUAAGCGACAGCGACAGCAACAACGACAGCGACAACGACGACGAUGAUGAGGAUGACGACGACGACGAAUCAGGGAACUACGUAAACCAACAACCUAUGAUCUUCCGCUAACCAGGUGCAUGAUGGGACGACUGACUGACUGAGCUUCUUCACCGACAUCUUCAUUCUUCUUCCUUCACGAAACUGCUGACGGUGUUUAUUUAAAGAGCUGAAUGGCUGAGAAGUGUUUCCUCACAUGGAGAACUGGGUCAUAAUUUUCCAUUUCUUGUCCAAACAAAAGUGAGAUUUUGUCGGUGUUUUCAUUCUUUACACAGCAGGAAGUAAAAUAAAACACAACCAGGAGCCUAAAACUGUGCAGAUGAUGAACAUCACAGACAGAAAAAAAUCUUCCCUGAAACUAGAAGAUGUGCUCUUUGUCAGUAAACGCCAUGAGUCUGAUGUAAGGUCACUGAAAAAGUCUGUUUGGAAGUUGCCUGAGAAUCUUCCUGAUUUUAGAUUUCUUCAGCGAUGCAGUGGCAGAAGUCUGUACAUCCAGACUCACUGCCAACAGACACUUCUGCUCAUUUUAUUACAGAUGGUUCUACAAAAUGAGAACAAAUCCAGGCUGAGAACAGCAGUACCGCCCCAAACCAUUCAUUUCCGUGCCAAAGUUUGAUUUAUACUGAAUAGCUAGUUAACCAACACGUUUCUUCUGGCUGGUAAUGACAUAAACAAGUGAUGAAAGGUGGGUUUUUUGUACUAGAAAUGUUCAAAAUGAUUCCUCCCCUUUCUCAGUAAUUGAUGUUCUCAUCUUGAUUUGUCACCACAUUAAAUGGUUCUUCGGGUCUUACUUGCUAUUCCUCUGAUCUUUGUUUCCCUUUUACUUCAAGAUUUGUGGCAGAUUUCAAAGUACUGAUAUUUUUGAACAUGAUAUUUUUAGUAGUGUAAAAAACAACAACAUAAAAAUAGUUCAAAUACUUCAUUGACAUCUAACACAGUGUCUUACUGGGUUUUGUCACGUAUUCAUUUCAAUUCCAGAAACAAAAAAAAACAACCUGUUGGUCAAAUAAAACAUCGCAAUAGAUUCAAAACCUUGAACAGAACCAAGAACCAAGUAGUUAACUAGUUCAUCCGCUGCCGAAAAUAGUCCCCAAAAGAGGCAACAUUUCCUCAGGUUUCCUUGUUUUCAGGAAAUCUUUAUUUUCUUUGGUCAGCAGAUUAACAGAAACUGUUGGAAAGUCACUUCACGUCUUUAACCAGACGAACUGGUGGCUAAAGGACAAAAACUCACACCGGCCUGUUGAUCAUGAUUCCUGCCGCACAGUUUCAUGUUUACUUUCCUCAAAUAUUAGAUGUUUUCCUGCAAACGUGAAAUUUCACGUUCAGGAAAAAUAUUUGUUUAGUUGAACGAGUCACCAUCCGAAUUCAACCUGAGUCCUACAGGUUGGAAACACUAAAUUAAAAUUCAGAAUGAUGUGUUUUAGAUUUUAGUCUCAACGACUCAGUGAAAAUCCACCAACAUGAAAAGUAUUCCUUGUAUCCGGUGUCCAAUGUUUCAAUUCAUUUUAGUUUGUUCUUUUUUGACCGUUUCACCUUUUAUUUCCUACAGGCUGAUUUUUUCCUCCACAGAAAGGAGAGCGGCCAUGUUUGAGCUUUACUUUGACUUUACUGACAAUCCUGAGAAUGUCUUGAUUCGCAAAUGAUGUAUUUAUGUGUUGUUGCCUUGGUUACUGUUGUCUCCAGGUCUAUAAUCCUGCUGUGUGAACAUAAAAUGUUUUUAAGCAACUAAAAAUAAACCUUAAAAAAAAAAAACUUGAA